UGCUGUGAAACUUGCUAUAGAAAGUGGUCUCAAACCGUCUUGUUGGUUAGUUGUUGACGUGGCUUUGUACAUAACCAUCUGUAUACUAUGUUUUCAACCAAGAUGGGCUCUGUGAAGGGGGCCAACAUUCAGACUCUUCAGGAAAUCGCGUCCAGUGAACUAAGAGAUUUACUCCGGGAACUAGAGGGUCCCAAAGACCUCUUUAUCGACGAAGAACUGAUGACACCCCUCAAUCACAUUGCAGGUGCGACUCUAAUCAGACAGAUGGGCGUUGCCAAAAUGUUCAAACUGGGCAGCAUCAAUCCGGAGAAUGCUGUCCAGGAGAACAGAGUGUUUCUUGCACACUCUGAGAUGGUGAAUGCAAAGUUUGUUGCCGAUCACGUUCGGGAGGACAUGAAAGCGAGAAGGAAGAGACGAUAUCUGCUGAUUUGUGUGCCCAGGAAAACGAGUCUGAUGGAAAUGGUGCUGGAGCAGGAGGGAGUCCACGGACGUGUUCAGGUGUGCGAGUGGGCACUCGAGUUAAUACCUUUUGACACGGAUGUGAUGUCGAUGGAGAGGCCGAGAUUUCAUAGUCGGGUGUUUGUCGAAGGCGAUCAGACGUGGCUGCAUGACGUGGCAUCGUCUCUUAUUUCUCUCCAGAUGCUGUUUGGUACUAUCCCUACUGUUUAUGGGGUGGGCAAGUAUUCAAAGAUGGUCGCUGAAAUGGUAGAGUUCAUGACUGAAGGUGAACCGCCUGUUGUACCAUCUGAAGGUAGGAAGAUAGACGCUCUCAUCUUGAUGGAUCGUAGCUGUGACUAUGUCACUCCUCUUUGCUCUCAAGUCACAUAUCAAGGCAUUCUAGAUGACGUCUUUAAGAUCAAAAGUGGGUUUCUUGACCUCGAACCUUCUGUUACGGGAAAAGAUGGUCCAGUGAAACUACUUCUCAAUUCUGCUGCAGACAGCGUGUUUGCUGACAUUCGGGACAUGCAUUUUGUCAGCGUAUUUGGAAAGCUCCAGAAGAAGGCAAAGGAGCUGCAGUCGAGUUACUCACGUGGAAAGAGCUCGGAAUCUGUCCAGGAGAUGAAGAAAUUUGUUCAAGAGUUAGGUGGGCUGAAAAAACAGCAUCAAUCGCUUGCGAUCUACAUUGCUGCAUGCGAAGCCAUUAACAACUUCAAGACGAGUCAGAACUUUGAACAGACGCUUCGCAUAGAGCAUUUGCUUCUGGAGAAUCUAGAAGAGAAAACUUGCUUAGACCUCAUAGAAGAACUUAUCCACAGGCAAGGCAGUUUGAUUGUACCACUACGGCUACUUUGCUUAUAUUCACAAACUGAGAAUGGUAUCAGACCAAAAACUCUACAGUCUCUUCGCCACCAGUUUUUGCAGACCCAUGGCUACCACCACCUCAGUACAUUUUAUAACUUGAAAAGGGCAGGAUUGCUUGUAGAACAAGGAGAUCAGAAGGGAUCCUAUCAUGCUUUGAGACGAAGAUUACAGUUAGUUCCGAAGGGUGGUGAUCAGUAUGACCUACAAAAUCCAAUCGAUAUGGCUUACGUAUUUGGUGGUGCUUAUAGUCCAAUCAGUUGCCGUCUGGUUGAAGAAGUCCUACGACAUGGUGGAUGGUUGGGACUAGAAGAGGUUACACGUCAUGUGCCUGAAGAGCCAUUUGCGAGAGCUUUUAUUCAGAGUGCACGGGCAAACACGUCCAGAGGAUUACCGACAGCCGUCUCCCUUGGUGGCCUACCCAAAGUGACUCUCAUUUAUUUCAUUGGUGGAUGCUCAUAUUCUGAAGUAUCUGCAUUACGAUUUCUUGCUCACCAACUAGGUGUGACCUUCUACAUCGCCACUACACACUUUGUCAAUUUUGAGUCUCUUGUUGAAUCAGCCAUAGAGAAGGACAAAUGACAAUUAUGUCACAUCAUUUAGUAUCCAAGUUUGAAUUGGUUCUUGCUAGAAACGCAGCGGGUUUUGAUUUUGAUUAAAUUACACAAUAAAAUGUAUUUUCUGUGUUUGUUUCAAACUUAUUUUCAGAUAAUACAUACAGUACA